CUAGAUGUCUGAGAUGGGUUUCCUGCGAUCAGUGGCCGCUGUGCUCUUGUUGGCUGUGUUUAGCCACGCAGCAGUAGUGACUGAGAAUGGACUGCCGAUUCAAUGGAGAAAAGCUCCCAGCGAUCUCUCCCACCUGCCCAUAUCGAACACGGGGGUCCAGGUAAACCCGUGGGUCUACUCCCAGAGGAUGACCAUGUUGAAAAUGGUGAUCAACGCUACUAAUGCCUACAUGAGCUCCAUGGGCCCCGGGGAGCAGGAGAAUCCGCUCUGGAGUCUUCCUCUGCAGCUCGGCUGGAAACUCAAAUCAGGCCGGCUGGCGGACCCGACCCCGGACAGCAGCAGCACAUGUGGAUCUGAAGCUUCAGAUCCGGUCUGCAUCUCUCCUCUAAGCUUUUUUGGAUGUGUAAACUACUACCUGUCUGUGCUGCCAUUCCUGGCGGCAGUGGAGACUGGUGUGGUUAGCAGCGGAGGGCAUCAGAUGCUUAUUCAGGUCCCAGCAGAAGUGGCUCAGGAUUACUGCUCCAGCUACAGCGACUGCUCCACCAAACACCCCAACACCAUGGCCAAAUGGCACCUCUUUUUUCAGUCUCUGCGGCACGUCAGCCAGUCCAAGGACAGCGAUUUUAACAAGAAGGACAGCAUUCUGGGUCUAAUGUGGGCUGCCGAGGAGGAGUCUAUACAAACCGCCUCUGGGGCUUGCACUGAAAGACAAAAGCUGUACUCAUCUCCUGAGGUGAGCUUUCAGCAGAGCAGCGUGAACUUGGGAGCAUUUAUAUCGGCGGCUCAUUACCACGCAAGCAUUGAGCGCGCUGGGAAGUUCAUGUCUCAUCUGCCCAGCCGAGUCCUGCAGGAGGCCGACAGUCCACCCAACAUCGCAGAUCUGAGCACUGAAGAGAACCACGCACUCUACAUGCUCAGCUGGAUGAACAGCAUCAACCAGCUGCUGGGCGGCUCUCUGGUGGAUUUGUGGCGUAAGGCCAUGUGUUCGGCUCAGGCUCGAGAAAAAGGUCAGGCUUUUCUUGACGACCUCAUUCUGGACCCAAAGUUCCCCGGGUCCAGCCUUUGGUCCAUCAUAUGUGUGAUGUCCACCAGCUGCUGACCUGCUGACACUCUCACCGUGGUAAAGUGCAAAACACACACCGAUCAUCAUGCUCACUGAUAUCUGACCAUCACCACUGCUGUCAACAUGCAGGACAAAAUAAAACAACAUGCAAACA